UUGGAGGGAAGACCGCCUAAGUUUAGCUUUUAUUAGAAGCGAGUGGGGACUAUUCUGCAACAACAAAUAUCACGCUGCACUCGUUCCGUUCCUUGAACGCAUCAAAAUACGCAUUUGCAACAAGUACGCAUCAAUAGAUUUCCCCUUCCCAAAGCAACCUAUUCGUAGCCAACAAUCCAAACAUCUCGAAUUUAGACUCUUUUGAUCACUAUAUAAUCAAGAGCAGUGGACAUGAAUUGUCAACCGAUACAGUGAAACAAAAAUAAGGUAAUCGAGUUGAAAGCCUGAUUGAGUGCAGGAAUGCCCAAAUUUCUACAAUAGCAUUCAGCAAAGUAAAUCUCGAUUCCACUAUGCACAAAAGUUUAAGUUCCUUUCCGGCCAUAGAUAACACGGCCGCACCCAACCCUCCGCCUUUCUUUGCCCAAAACCUCCUGAGGCGUCCCUUACCCACCAAUGCCGCCUGGCAAAAUUUCGUUCUAAAGAAGGGCAACCAACCAGAAUAUUUUCACCCUUACCUUGUCCAAUCUGAAAAUGGUGCACUCACGGUCUGUUAUCCUGCCCGGGUCGUCCACCCGGCCUUCAUAUUCCAAGCUUUCGUGGCCAAUCUCAGCAUCUCGUGUGCGCCCUCGGGCGCUCACACGCUGACCAGCUUCGACGACCUCAGUCUAACUCUGGAGCUCCCGGGUCCUCUCAGGGUUCCUCUCGUGCGAGGAAGCCCUUACAUCACUUGCAUUGUCGAGGGCGGAGACCUCAAAUUUUCCACUAUACACGCUGUCUUGAAUGUCUCUUCCUCCAAUGACUCCACCAAGCACAAGAUCCAGUUUAACAAUGGGCAAACAUGGCUUGUUUAUAGCUCUGCUCUGUUGAAGCUCAAUUCUGACCUUUCUGUCUCGGGGAGCUUCCAAGGUGUACUCAGAUUGGCCUUGCUUUCCGACAAGUUUGAUCAGGUUACAGAUGAAAAAGAGCAGAUUUUGGACCGCUUUAGUACUUGCUAUCCAAUCUCUGCUCAGGUCGACCUCGCUGCCCCCUUCAGGAUUUGUUAUAAGUGGGAGAAGAAAGGGUGGGGGGAUCUGCUUAUGCUUUCUCACUCUGUACACAGACACAUAAUGACAGUCCCAGCAGACGAUAGUGUUAUCCCCGAGUUCAUCUAUAGAAGCAUGGAUGGGGACCUGGUGGGUAUAGUUGGGGAUUCAUGGGUUUUAGAGGAGACACACAUACCCAUAAACUGGCAUUCAAUCGAAGGAUUUGAGAGCCGCAAAGGAAAGAAAGCAGUUGUCUCUGCUCUGGAGCACGAUGUUGCGGACCUUAAUCCGAUCGGUACCACAUCUACUUAUUUCUAUGGGAAGGCGAUCGCCAGAGCUGCCAGGUUGGCUUUGAUAGCAGAGGAAGCAAAUUGUCAUAGCCUGAUCCCUCGUAUAAGAGAAUUUUUGGAGCAAUCCAUAACACCCUGGCUGGAUGGGACUUUUGUAGGGAAUGGAUUUGUGUAUGAUAAAAAGUGGGGUGGGUUGAUAAGCAAAAAUGGUGCCCAGGAUUCGGGUGCUGAUUUUGGAUUAGGAGUGUAUAAUGAUCAUCACUACCAUUUUGGGUACUUUUGCUAUGCGAUUGCAGUGCUUGCCAAGCUUGAUCAAAACUGGGCUAGGUCAUUUAAGCCCCAGGUGUAUUCUAUUGUUAAGGAUUUCAUGACCGUGAAUCCUGAAGAAGGGGUGUUGUACACUCGUCUGAGAAAUUUUGAUCUGUGGAAGCUGCAUUCUUGGGCUGGCGGGCUUACAGAAUUUGCAGAUGGGAGAAACCAGGAGAGCACCAGUGAGGCCUUGAAUGCAUACUAUUCUGCAGCACUAUUAGGUUUGGUUUAUGAAGACACCAACUUGAUUGGGAUUGGAUCUACCUUGGCUGCAUUGGAAAUGAGGUCUGCUGUGGCCUGGUGGCAUGUUCCUUUGAAUAGCACUGUUUAUGAGUCCGAAUUUGUGCAGGAGAACCGCAUUAUGGGUGUCUUAUGGGCAAAUAAGAGGGACAGUGGCCUGUGGUUUGCUCCUGCUGAAUGGAGAGAAUGCAGAUUAGGUAUUCAGUUGCUACCCAUUCUACCCAUUACUGAACUUUUGUUCGCUGAUGUGGGGUUUGUUAAGCAGUUGGUAGAAUGGACUGUUCCUGCAUUGAGCAGGGAGGGUGUUGGAGAGGGAUGGAAGGGAUUUGUAUAUGCAUUAGAAAGUAUGUAUGACAAAGACAGUGCUCUGCAGAAGGUAAAGGCUCUGAAGGGGUAUGACGAUGGCAAUUCACUGACAAAUUUAUUGUGGUGGAUAUAUACAAGAGGAAAUAAACACACAAGGCCAGUUGUUCCUGGAGACUGCCUGCCGGUUCCAGUUCAAGCGGACAGACAUUGUGACUUAUAUAACCUGUUGCUAAGCUUUAAGGAGUCCACCCAGCUUGAGUUGCAGCGUCUAGCUGCAGAGAUUCAGGAAUUAAAGAAAUACUGCCAGUUUCCAGCACAGUAAUUCUUAGAUGUGAUGUAAUUUUGUUGAAUAAUACUUAAUAGUCUUAGGUUAUCUUUUCUCAAGGCUACUAUGGUGAAUAGUAAUUGCCCCCAUAGCUCACACAUUUUGUAGAGCUUGGAUCACACGCCAUACAGGAAAAAAAUGUAAAAAUCGUCACUAGUUUUGGUAUUAAUAAAAUAUUUUUACCAAUCGAGAAAAAA